AGGGCGCGGCGGGACCCCGGCGCUUCACCGAGCCGGGCCACGAGGGGCGAGCCGGGUCCCGUCGGGAUGACGGCGGAAAUGGGAAUGCUGCGGGAGCGGCCGGAGGAGGAGGAGGAGGGAGGCCGGGAACGGGCCUCGGUGGUGCCGGUCCUGCAUCGUCUCGAGCUGCUUCCUGCGCGGCCAGACCCCGCGCCUGGGCUUCUCCUGUCGGGAACAGCAUUCCAACAGGAUGGAGCGGUAGAGCUGGCCCCGCAGCGUGGUGGCUUGGCAUCCCUGGGAUACUGUGAUCAAAGCUGCUAUGAGGAAGUACCCCAACCCCAUGAAUCCAUGUGUGGUAGGAGUAGAUGUCCUCAACAGGAGCCUGGAUAACCAGGGGAGGCUGCACAGUCACCGUCUUCUCAGCACGGAGUGGGGAUUGCCCAGUAUUGUCAAAGCGAUAUUAGGAACAAGUAGAACUCUGACUUACAUAGAGGAGCAUUCUGUGGUAGAUCCAGUGGAAAAGAAGAUGGAGCUUUGCUCAACUAAUAUUACGCUCACAAACUUGGUGUCUGUUGACGAGAGACUGGUUUACACACCUCAUCCAGAAAACCCAGAAAAGACUGUGCUAACCCAAGAAGCAAUUAUUACUGUUAAAGGCAUUAGCUUGAGCAGUUAUCUGGAAAGCUUGAUGGCAAACACAAUAUCUUCUAAUGCCAGAAAGGGGCGGGAUGCCCUGGAGUGGGUGAUCAGCAAACUAAACACAGAACUAGAAGAGCUGAAGUCCACGCGCGAGGGGAUCAAACCAGCCAUGGCAGCAGCGUCCACGGAAAAAUAAAGCCAAAUAUUUGGGUUCACCAAAUAAAACCAAGUAACUGACAGAAAAGUCUAAUUCUGCAGACUGCUCUGUAGAGCUCCCUCCCAAGGCUGAUCUGCAGAGGUUUUGUCCAUUUAUAAGAAUACUGGAUCAGCAGAAAAGUAACCUCAUCCAUCAUCUCCACAGCAAGCUCUUGUUGCCUACUGAAGUUUAAACUGACCUCCUGCAGAUGCUCUUUUCUUUUGAACAAUUUAUGUUUAACACUGGAAACAAAAUAUUUAGCACAUUCAAAACAGCCUAAAUGUACCUUUUCAAACAAAGGUUGAGGGCAUGUUAUAUUUAAACCAUCUCAAACUGAAAAGCUUGAAAAACAAGUAUGUAUGGGAUUAAGGGUUUUCUGUGUGAACUUUUGUUCUGUAAAGGGCUGAUAGGUCCUAGAGCACUGAAUUUUGUCUGGGUUGUAAUCUGAUAAUGUCUUAUGGCCAGUUAAAGGGAACUACAUGAGUCAGAACAUGAUACUGUAGAAUCUGAUAUUUAUCUGGAGGAUCAUCUUGAAAGGCUACAUCUUGUGUGGAACUAACUCUUCUUAGGUUGUUUAAAGGUGCUGCCUGAACAUGACACACAGAUACUUUUACCUCUUAGAUGUUUGUAUCCAAACAAAGAUAAAGUUUCUAUUGAUGUUAAUAGCCUAAAAGAGUUUUUCUGGUGGGAACAAGGGUAUAAUUUAUUUUCUUAUUUAUUAAUUUGUCCUAGUUCCUCCCCUCCCUGUGGGGACAGGGGUAGUGAUUACUGGAAGGUGCUGGAAAUUACUUACUUAUCUCUAAGAAGGGUAUUUGUAGGCUGCUGGAAUGAAGAGACCGUGCUGUUCCACUGGUCCUUGCUGUUCACAUCACAUCUUAACUGAGGAAGAAAUUAAUGCAAUAAUCAGAAGAGCUGAA